AUGUUGAAGAAACCAAAUAGAUGCGAAUUAGAUGCCCUUUGGCGUAAUUAUGAAGUUGUUUGUUGUAUUUUUUAUCGAAAUAAAAAUCAGCAUCACAGGCAAGUUUGGUGGAAAUAUCUUGCUAUGUUACGACAAAAACUUCGGUUGUAUUUUUUACUACUACCACAUCUUCAUGAAGAGCAGCAGAAAAAGAUACUUAUGCUUAUACCUAAGGCGUAUUUGUAUUUUUCAAGUAUCAUAGCUCAAGGCCAAUUUCCUAAAUUAGGGCUUGUGUUGGUUACAAUUGUAGCAAGUAUUAGAAAUAUAUUUUGGAAAAAUGAGAUGUUUCAAGAAAGCAUUCAAAAAACAAAUUUUGAAGAUUUAGGUGAAGUAAUUAAUAUACGUACUUUUGAAAGAUUCUAG